AUCAACCAGAAGUGAACACUUCGCUUGCCUUGAUCUGCAACAAUGGCGCAAAAGUUGGUGCUGGAUGUCCCGUUGUACUGCCAGAAGUGCAGGACUAAAGCCUUGAAAAUUGCUGCCGUUGCACAUGGUGUCACUUCAGUGGCCUUGGAGGGAGAGAAUAAAGUGCAACUGGUGGUGGUCGGAGAAGGCGUAGACCCAGUCUGCUUGGUGAAAGCAUUGAGGAAGAAAGUAGGCUACACUCAGAUGAUUAAUUUCGCGCCACUGAGCAAGGACGCAGGCGAAGGUGAUAAAAGUACCGAAGAUAAGGACACCAAGCCUCCGACCGUGACGGGGGGUAGCUGUGCAUGCCAACACAACUGGCCGCCUGUUUAUUGGGUAGACCCUCCUACUUGCUCAAUCUUGUGAGCAAACAUGCAAUGGAGGGAGGACGAUAUCUUCGAGGACAUGGUUCUUUAUUAGCUUUGUCAUG